UGAAGAGGUUUAAAAGCAUAUCGCGAGCGCAAGUAUCAGCAGUCGAAGAGGAGGAGCCUAGGUGAGCUCAUUAGGCGCAACCACUGUCUACUUCAUCUGCGAGUACACUGAGGUUAAUUUUAGCUUGUACUCAAGAAGACUUAACAAUGAACGUAACUCCUGGUGAGCCUAAAGGCCUUGCUACAAUAAAGGGCGUCGACGGUAAAACCAGAGGAGGACAGAGAGGAAGACUUUAUCCUGAUGGACUUGGUAGCAGUUUCGAAGAAACGGCAAUUUGCGUCGGGCAGUUCCUGAAGACGAUUCUGAAGGCGGGACGAGAGAAGUCAGUGAUUCAGUGGAAGUCGGAGGCGGAGAAGGGCGGCAAGUUCGAGGUCAAAGAUUUCGGAAAGUUGUCCGAACUUUGGGACGAGAGCGAGGAGAAGGCCGGUCUGCGGAGCGAGGAGGCGGCGAAGUCUGGGGAAACUUCUGAACCUUCGGAAGAGAAGAAGAAGAAGAUGGAGAAGGAGGUGGAUCCCUACCGCUUGGAGGAGGUGGUCAGGAACGCCUGCGAAGCUGGAGUUCUCCAGAAAGUUGCUGACGAAGGAGAGCAUGUCUACAUUUUUGGAACAAACACGUCUAAUUAGAAUUACCAGCUGAAGUGUCCAUGUUUCUUUAGCCAGCAAUGACAAAAUUAGUUUUAAUUCACUAAGAUUUUGAAGUCAGUUCUCAACGGCUUUCAGUUUUGUAACUUCGAGAAUAAUAAAGAUCAAAAGACCAUU